CACCCUGACAAAAUGCGGACCCAGCCAUGACCCUUCUCCGGCUAGGCUAGGCUUCCUUCCUAGCUACGGAUGUUGCACAUUAAACGGAUAAUUUCCGCUGAUUGUGAAUUGUGUCAAGUUGAACAAUACCGGCUUUGCGCGCGUUGAAGGUAAACCGUUGUGUCAACCGUGUUUGUGAUGUGCGGCGGUAACUCUUCACCUGUGUUUGUGCUGCAAGUUCACCGCAGCUAGCCGGCUAGCUAACGGAAAGCCCGUCUGCCAAGGAAAGCAAAAGUGAAACAGCGAUCGCCAAACAUAAAAGAUACGUGAAACUUUGUGGAGGUGUCAACAGGGUAACGCUCACGGAUCAGGUGUUCUUCAUGUUAUGAUGGAUAAGCUCCCCUCCUGGCUUUAGUGCCAGCCUGGCUCUCUUCAUAAUGGUCUCCCGCACUGUGUGGAUCCAGUGAGUCUUCAGGCAGGGCCAGAGACCUCCUGGUGUUUGGACCAGAGGUCACCACUCAGCCGACAGCCGCCCCUCACAAGCAGAGGGGGCAGAUGGGGAACUGCUGCCUUCCUGCUGCCGGCGGCCCCUGUGACUCUGUGGAAGAGAGAAGUAGUUUGCUGCAGGAUGCCUCCAAAGUUGUGGUUCCCCCGGCUGAGACGGGGGUAGUGGGGACUUACCAGAACAGUCCUGAUGCAGACGAUGACGUGAGGAAAACGAGUGAUGAAGCCAGUAUCAAGAAUGUAGAGAAGGUUGUGACUGUGCAAGUGAAGCAGAGCCCCCAGGCCAGAGAGACAGAGUCCUCAAAGACUCAGGAGAAUGGAGCCCUCCAGAAGGAAAUCCUACCGGCAAAGUCGCCUUCUCCCAUCAAAGGAGCCGACCUCAAACAAAACUCAAACAACACAGCACAAGACGAAAAUGUGAAGGAAACUGCCACCGACAACAGACCCGUCGAACGUCCUCUAUGCACUUUAGACUCCCCGCAGUCAGAAUGCACUACAAACGAUCAGGAGGCGAUCACAGAAACAAAUGCAGUACCGGUGGAGGAACUUCCAGCCGCAGUGCAGGACAAAAUCCAGGAUGUCGUCUUGCAACCGGCUGAGACAGUCUGCUCUGAAACCCCCUCCAUCAGGGCAGACACACCGACAGACAACACUACACCAGAACCAAGCUGCGAUGCUGGUGAUGUCAAUGAAGAGGAGGAAGGCUGUGGCUCCAAAGCGACCACUGAUGAAGCUGUGGAGGUUUCUCAUUGUAACGAAGUGUCGUCUCUGUCAGACUCUCAGAUCCCAGCAGCAGCUUGUCAGGUGUCGUCUGUCUCUGCAUCCGGCCAGGAGAUCUGCACGGAGUUGACACCUACUGGGAGCGCUCCUCAGUCACCUUCUCCCUCUUCUGCAUCUCCAAGCCAUGGUGUGGUAAUAAACAAGAGUGAUGCAAAGAAUGGGAACAGCUCAGUGUGCCAGGAGGCCUGUCCUGAAGUCAUAAAAAGCCAUGAUGUUUCUGAGCCAUCUCCUCGAUCAGACUCCACAGGAGUGAACCACAGUGGCGUGGAGCUCAACUCCACCAGCUCUGGGCAGGAGCCAACAGCCACAGGUCCACCAGCAGCCAGAGAGAGCUCCAAGUCCAAUCAUGAUGCAGAACCAGAGCCUCAGUGUGCAACCAUCAGCUUGAAGGAGGUCACUUCCCUGGAGAACCUUGUGCAGGAAGCAGACGAAGAAGAUGGAGGUGUUGGUGAGGAUGAGGAGGAGGAGGAGGAGAGGGCACCCACAGAGGCCGAGACAAAGCCUGACGAAGAGCCAGAGGUGCUGGAGCAACCCGGGAAAGAGGAGCUGGUGGCGAGCACAUCCGCUGACGUCGAGGUGGAAGUCAUACCUGUCCGGGAGCAGGAGGACUUUGCUGAAGAGAGCGUUGGGAACAGUGAUGAAGAUCUGUACAGAGGAGCUGAGGAGCUUUCACCACAGCGGCCCGAGCCUCUGUUAGAAAUAACACUUCCAAAGGUGGAGGACAGAUGCAGUCUGGCCCCGGCUGUGGAUAUUCUGUCCUACAGCGAGAGGGAGUGGAAAGGAAAUACUGCCAAAAGUGCUCUCAUUAGAAAGGGCUAUAAAGAAAUGUCUCAGAAGUUUGGCAGCCUGAGGAGAGUGAGAGGAGACAACUACUGUGCCCUCAGAGCCACUCUGUUCCAGGUGCUCUCCCACAGCACGAAGCUGCCAGCGUGGCUGCAGCAGGAAGACAUCACUAUGUUGCCUGAGGAACUGGAGGCCCGGGAAGGGCUGAUAAGUCAGUGGAUGUUUCCGGGAGAAUGCAAACAAGGAGACGGGCCAGGCGAUGCUACCCAGCAGCUGAAAUGCUAUAUGGAACGUCUCCGAAGCAGGUGGCAGGCCGCAGUGGGCUGUGCCAGCGCCGAGGAGCGCCAGCAGCUAUGUGAACGCGUCUUCCAGGGCAGGGAGGAGGAGCUCGGGCUGCUGGAGGCGCUCAAGCUGCUGAUGCUGGGCCGAGCGGUGGAGCUGCACAGCUGCAUGCAAGCGGGAGGGGACGUGCCGCUCUUCUGCUGGCUCCUGUUCGCCCGCGACUCGUCCGAGUGCCCACGCAGCUUCCUGUCCAACCACCUCAGCCAUGUGGGCCUCAGCGGGGGCCUGGAGCAGGUGGAGAUGUUCCUUCUGGGAUACGCCUUGCAGUGCACCAUCCAAGUUUACAGACUGUACAUGGCCGACACGGACGAGUUUGUCACCUAUUACCCCGACGACCAUAAAGAAGACUGGCCGUCUGUGUGCCUCGUCACAGAGGACGACCGCCACUACAACGUCCCAGUUGCAGAGGCUGCGGAGCUACCCAAGGAGCUCAACUCAAGCUGAUCGCCGCUGCAGAGAAGUCUCCUGCCAUACACACGAAACACUCCUCAGGUUGAUUUAAAAUGAAGAUUUAUGCCAAUUAAAAAUGUUCAUUUGAGACCCUGUGCAAGAUGUGAUUUACCCAUUUUGUGCACACUGUACUAGAACCAGUUUUCUGUUUGGGGAUUGGUACAUGUAUGCAGCUCAGUCGGAUCCAAAUUAGUUGCAGUGUGUGACUUUGGGAGAAAAAGCACAUUCUAAAACCUGGAAUGAACCUUGCUUUAUUUUAUUUUAUUUUUUAUUUUUUUGGUUUUGUUUUUGUAAAAUCCAGAUCAAAACCCACAUGAUGCAGCUGCCAGCGGCGCCAUAUAAUUCACAAGUGAAUAGAUCUGUGGUGUUAACACUGGAGUUUCGGCACUUUUUUUGGUACAGAAUUGUGUAGUAAUAUAUUCAUUAUGUCAAGGAAACAUGAAUAAUGCAUUUUAACUUGUAAAUUAAGCAGUGAGUCGUUAGUAAAACCCUGAAUUCAUCUAAUAUUAAUGUUUUAAUAAUUUUAUCAGGUUUAACAGUAGCCUAUUAACAGCUGAAAAUCUGAAGGAGGCUUGCAAGAUGAAUUGUCUCUGUGUCAGAGGCGUGAUUUGGUCUGUGUGUUUGAAAGUGUGUAUGUGAGACACUUGAUGUGUAACAUGAUGCCUUUAGCCAAGCUGCUCUUGGAGAACAAUGUGCCAAUGUUGCUACAGUUCUUGGCAACAGUCUCAACCACCAGCCACUGGGUCAAAGUUGUUAAGCCUUGCUUGGUCCUCCAUGUUGCCUUAGAAAUAAUGCACAAUAAGAGUGAACAUUUGUAAUUGGUGGUAAGAGGCCAUUUCCUUGCCCUAAUUCCUGAGCUGGUGAAGGUGGUAAGCUAACAUUUGCAGCGAUUAUGCCAGUUGCAGAAAUGACGUUCUUGCACUGUCAGAUGUCAGAUUUUUAGAAUGCCAUUUAAAUAAAAAUGAACAAUUUUUU